AUGUGGCUUCUCCGCAUCGUGUCCUCGACCGUCUUCCUCACCACAAUCAUCCUUACAGUCCCUCUAUCCUUCGAUGUCGGAGGACGAACGUGCGGACUCGGUUACUCGUUGUCUCUAGCCUCCUUCUACUUCUUCCUUUCAAUCGUUCGACUGUCCACGCCAGAUCGAUCUCGUGUCCGUUACUCGAUAAUACAGCUGGCCAGAUGGACGCAACCAGCCAUCGUCACAGCUAUCUUCUUGUGGUCACUUGGUAGAUUCUCGCUAGACGCCGGAAAUGAGUCUGGAUGGGUAGAACGCACCUUCAGUGGGAAAAGAGCAGCGGAUACCUCUGUCUCGCAGUGGCUUUUUGGGCGCAAUGGGCUAGUGGAAUCAGCCACACUUGGAUCGUGGGAUAAGCUGCUCAGAUGGUCGACGCCUGUCUUUCAGCUUUGCGAGGGAUUCUGCAGCCUUCUCGUCAUACAGGCCGCGGGACAGUUGACACGAUGGCUUGUAAAUCGUGGCGAGCGGAGUGACAGUUGGAUGAUUGGACUUCUGGUCUUCUCCGCAUCGGUCAUCUCAAGUUCGGUCUAUUUUCUGUACCGUGUCAUGCAGUUUCCAGAGAUCUCCAACGUUGACGCGAGUCUGAUAGGCGCAGCCAUUGCCUGUUCUAUUGUUCUCUGCAUUUGGGGCAUUGGCUCCGGCCGAGGAAAUCCGGUCGAGUCUUCCCUCCUUUUCGCCUAUAUCGUUCUUUGCAUCUAUCAGAUCUUCACCGACUACAAGCCAUCAGACGUGUCAAAGACAGAAGCUGCCACAGCUGCACAAGGAACUCCUGAUUUUCCGCCUUUUCCACCCAUCAUUAUGGCUUCUUACACGACUCUCAUGCACGCACUUUCUACACUACCGUCGACGCUCAUCGUCUCCUUCAACUUCAUCACCGCCGCAUUUCAGACUAUCACCCCAAGCGUCCUCAUCUCUCUCGGCUACCGUCUCUUUGUGCUCUACGCUUCCACCCGUAUCAUCCCAGCUAUCAAUGAAAAUGGUCCACGUGGUCUCAGCGUCGAGCCGACACUCGAGGACAGCAACGCCGCAAACCAAUUUCUCGCGUUUCUAUCAUGGUUCUCCCCAAGUAUUCUGGUCGCGGUCUACACCAGCCUUCUGAUGCAGCACUUUGCAACCACAAUGGGUGGAUACUCUCCUGGCCUCACGGGUACCAUCGGAGCGUGGUGGAACGGCAACGGCCAGCCGGGUAUGGAUGGUAAUCUUUGGAAAUGGGUCAAUCUUGUUGGGACCAUGGCCCUCUACGCUCUUGAGUUGUGGCUGGGCAAGGAGGACGACAUCGACGGAGGACAUUGGAAGGUUGAUUGA